AUGGCCGAAGGUUGGAUGACUACCAACAAGGUCGACGACGUGCUUACGCUAAUCACAGCGGCGAUUACGAUGGUCUUGUUCCUCCGCAAGUUAUGGAAGUGGACAGGUAAGUGGCGGGAGGUACUACUGACCUGGUUGCAGCAGAUCGGCGGGCAGCAGACCGGCGGGCAGCAGGGCGACGUGGAAAGCCAAUCGUCCGGGCCGCGACAGGCCAUCGAACUCUCGAGGGUCUCGCCGGCGACCCCGCGGACUGCCACCGAGGCCUCGCAGGCUCCUCCGUCGGCUCCCACGGAAGCCCAGGGGGAGAGAGUGGCUCCGGCCAACGAACCCUCGGAGGUUUCGCAGACCUCCCCGCGUCAUGGCGGUGGCAAGCAAAGAGGUGAGUAA